UUUGCCGGUGCGCGUGUCAAUAGUGAACGCGGAGCCGUCGCCGCGCGUUCGAGGAACGCGCUUCGUUCCCGUUUGUACAUAUAUUUCCGACAUCCCUCAUCGCGCGCCCGAGAGAAUAAGAAGCAUGUCAGAUCGGGGAAGCAGAUGACGCACGCGGAAUCGGCGAACGACCCGAUCGAGUUCGAGAGCGCGGUGCCAAAAAUCAGGCAGCAGUUGCUGAAAUGGAACGGAUGGGGUUACAAGGAUUCCGGAUUCCACGUGAACAACAAGCUCCUGGUUGAGUUCACCGGUAACAGAUAUCCCAUUGGAAACCUGGAAUUACCAUACUUUACAAAGUGGUGCGAAAAGACUUUCGAUAUAACAUGGGAGAUGAAGCACGAUCCUCAAAAUUUACCGACGCACUUUCCAGAACCGAUACUCUCGACAGAAUUAUCGAAUGCGAUCGAGGAGUUGGAGAUCGAUCACUCGACCAACGGCGUCGAUCGGCUGUUUCGCGCUCACGGUCAUACCUUGCGAGAGGUUUAUUUUUUGAAGCACGGCACCUCCUUCGAGAGGAUACCAGAUAUCGUUGUGUGGCCGAAGUGUCACGACGACGUCGUCAAAAUUGUCAAUAUGUGCGUGCAUUACGGGGCCGUCUGCAUACCUUUCGGUGGUGGAACCAGCGUGAGCCGCGCGGCGUGCUGUCCCCCGGACGAACGCCGAACGAUAAUUUCACUGGACACGUCGCAGAUGAAUCGGAUAUUGUGGAUGGACAGGGAUAAUUUGUUAAUAUGCUGCGAAUCCGGCAUCAUCGGCCAGGAUCUCGAGCGAAUACUUCGUUCUCAGGGAUUCACGUGCGGCCACGAGCCCGAUUCUUACGAAUUCUCCAGUUUAGGUGGAUGGGUAGCGACCAGAGCGAGCGGCAUGAAGAAGAACACGUAUGGCAACAUCGAGGACCUAGUGGUGCGAAUACGAAUGGUCACCGGUAGAACGGAGGAUCCCGUCAUCACCCUGGAGAAGGGCACUCUGGUGCCGCGCGCGUCCUGCGGCCCGGACUUCGACCACAUGAUCCUCGGCAGCGAGGGCACUCUAGGCGUCGUCACGGAAGUUGUGUUGAAAAUAAGGCCGUUGCCGCGAGUUGUGAAAUACGGCAGCAUUGUGUUCCCGAAUUUUCAUAACGGCGUUCUGGCGUUGCGAGAGAUCGCGAAGGAACGCUGCCAGCCCGCCAGCAUACGCCUAAUGGACAACGAGCAAUUCCAAAUGGGCCAGACCCUACGGCCGCAGGCCGGUUGGGGUGGUCUGAUACUGCAAGGCUUGAAACAACUGUACAUCACCAUAAAGGGUUUCCGAUGGGAUCAGAUAUGCGUGGCCACGUUGCUGAUGGAGGGUGACGUCGCGACGGACGUCGCCACCCAGGAACGGAAGAUCUACAAGGUGGCCGAGAAGUACGGGGGCAUUCCGGCCGGCGAGGCGAACGGCGAGCGUGGUUACACGUUGACUUUCGUGAUAGCAUACAUCCGGGACCUCGGCCUCGAGUUCAACGUGCUGGCCGAGUCGUUCGAGACCUCCGUUUCGUGGAACCGGGCGCUACCUUUAUGCAGGAACGUCAAGUCCCGGGUCGCCAGGGAGUGUCACGCGCGCGGCGUACGCAGAUACUUCAUCUCCUGCCGCGUCACGCAGACGUACGACGCGGGCUGCUGCAUAUAUUUUUACAUGGCGAUCAGUUACAUGGGUCUGGAGGAUCCGGUCGAGACCUACGAGGCCGUCGAGCACGCGGCUCGUGAGGAGAUACUCGCCAGCGGUGGAUCCCUGUCGCAUCAUCAUGGAGUCGGCAAGAUACGGGCGUCUUUUUAUCCCGAGGCCGUCGGCGAAGCCGGCGUCUCCCUUUAUCGGGCGACCAAGGAGCAUCUGGAUCCGCAUAAUAUAUUCGCAGCCGGUAAUAUGGUCUCGGGGUAUAAAUCCAAAUUGUAAAUCUUGUCAAGUCGUAUGUGAGCGGCACCGAAGGAUAAUCCGUAGAACUGUUUUCUAUUAGUGCGACGAUAUUGGGAUUAUUCUACCCGCGAAUCUAACCGCGAAUGAUAUGCGAAUCUUGUUGAAUGCCGCUACUAAUGUAAAGAGAAGAUAAUUCGAUGUUUUCAGGCAACUGAAAAUUGUCGUUUUACUAACUCGCUAUAAUAGUUAUAGAGAAGAAGAUAAGAGACUAGUAUUAGACAUUAUAAAUAAUAAUUAUGCACCGUGGCGUUGUUUGGUACAAAUACGGAAUUGUAAUAAUUGUAUGUAUCGGCAUUUUUAUAAAUUAUUAUAAACUAAAUGAGAAACACACACGUUUACAAGA